ACAGAGUAUUUCUACUGUGCAGUAUUAGUACUUUCGUUUCCUCGUCGUCCUCCAGUCCAGCAGGGGUCGCUGUGGGCUCUGCACUCGGUGUCUCUGUUUACCUGCCGCUGGCUCUCUUUGUCCGCUCCGAGACUCAAAGUGCGCAGAAAGGAGGACAAUGUGCGCAGAAAGGAGGACAAUGUGCGCCGUGCAGCUGCUGCGGGUGUCGGUACGUGAGCGGAUCAGCGCGGCCGCUGAAGACUUCCUGCUGCAGCUGGAGAAAGGAGAAGAAACGGCUCGAGUCCCGGCGCUGAGAGCGCUGCUCACCGAGCGGCUAGCGGCGGCGGCGGAGGAGAUCGUCGCGGUGUUUGAGGAAACCGUGGCGGAGUACGAACACAGAGUGGAGCGGUCCGAGCGGGAGGUCUGCCGCCAGAGGAGGCUGCUCGAUGCCGUGAUGAAGCCCGAAGUCCGGCUGCACAGAGCAGACAUCCUGCAGCUGGUGGUGAGUAAAGCAGAGGUUCCCCCUGAGCAGCAGCAGUGGAGCCCCCUUGUGGACAAGGAGGACCCAGAGCCCCCCCACAUUAAAGAGGAACAGGAGGAACGGUGGCCCAAGCAGGAGGGAGAGCAGCUUCAAGGACUGGAGGAGGCUGAUAUCAAGUUCACAUUGACUCCUGUCGCUGUGAAGAGUGAAGAAGAUGAAGAGACACCUCAGUCGUCACAGCUUCAUCAGAGUCAGACUGAGGAGAACAGAGUGAACUGUGGAGGACCAGAACCAGCCAGGAACUCAGGUCCUGAUGGACAUUUACAACCAGUUAGUGAAGAUAAUUCUUUAGUUUCUACGGAAACUGAUGAAAGUGACUGUGAUUGGACACACUCCAAUGAAGAUCAGUCAGGUAACGAGAAUGAUAAAAACUGUGAAGCACCUGAAACUGAUGCAGGGACUUCAGUGAAGGAGAGACCCUUCCCCUGCUCAUACUGCGGUAAAAGAUUCAGCCUUAAAGGAAACUUGAACAGACACAUCCGAGACCAUACGGGCGAGAGACCGUUUCCGUGCACAGGUUGUGACAAAUCAUUUAAGGACAGUGGCUCGUUGACGGCACAUAUGAGGUGUCACACAGGAGAGCAACCGUACAGCUGCUUAUUCUGUGGGAAGAGUUUUAGUGGAAGGGGAAACAUGACGAGACACAUGAGAAUCCACACAGGAGAGAAACCAUUUACCUGCUCAGUGUGUAACAAAAGUUUUCAUGUGAAAGAACACCUCAACAGACAUAUGAAGUAUCACACAGGGGAGAAACCGUUCAAUUGCUCCAUCUGCGGUAAAGGUUGUGCUCAGAAAACUGACCUGAAGAAACACAUGAGAGUCCACACGGGAGAGAAACCAUUUAGUUGUCCCUUCUGUGGAAAGUGCUGUGCUGAAAAAGGAGACCUGACCAAACACAUGAGAGUUCACACAGGAGAGAAACCGUUCAGCUGCAACGUUUGCGGUAAAAGUUGCGCUCAAAGGGGAAGCCUAAAGAUUCACAUGAGAAUCCACACAGGAGAGAAACCUUUCAGCUGCUCAGUCUGCGGCAAAUGUUUCACUGUCACAGGACAUCUCAAGAGACACAUGAAGCUGCAUGUCGCAGACAGUCAGGUGAACGAGGCUGAAGAUAUCAAUUCAGGCAAAGCACAACAGCAAGUGGAUGCUGUUGAACCAGUGAACACGUCGUGUUGUUCCCUCAUUGUAGAGGAAAGAUGUUAGAGAUACACCUCACGUUUAUCAAACAUCUCAAGUCCUGUCAUCAAGAGACAUUUGUUACAAGAACAUCACUCGGUCGAGUUGAUUCCUCCACCAAGACCCAAUGGUCCCUCAAAUUCAGUCAAGAUGCACCAAAUCACACACACUCCUGAAAGUCAGUCCACUAAAUAUUUCAGAUUUUAUUCAUCUUCCAUGAAUUAUUUUCUGAGACAUCAACAAAAGUGUUACAAAAAAGUUUUAUCUCUGUUAAUGCUGUAUCUCUGUAUCUUCUCUGGAGGAUCAAGUGUGAACACAAAGAGUGAGACUCAGUUUGUCUUCUCCUCCUGAGCUCCUGUAUAAAGUGUAGAUCCAGGAGCAGUGUGAACAGCAGAGGAUCCUCCACUGAU